UCUAACUAUCAUUACAUUCGUGCUCGUGCUAGUGUCUUCGGGUAUAAGGUGACGCCAACCUCAAGGUUCAUUGUUAUUUGUAUUUGCUCCGUUAACUAUGUUGCUGGAUAACUGUGCCUGCGUGCUUGCGCUUACAAUACUAGCCACGGUGUCAUGCACUGGAACUGUCGUGUAUCCACAAAUCCUUCAAGGAAGAGCGGAUAAUGGCGCAACAAUACUCAAACUGAACAAUGAUUUCACACUAAAUCUCCGACAGAAGUCAGCUUACGGGGAUCGAUUGCUCCUAAGAACCACACGUGAAGACGGCGUUCCUAUCAGCGAAUAUGUAUCUGCAGCACGGUACAACGACAGGCUCUUCCAAGACGACGAAAAGAUGGCGUCUGUGGUUCUCACGUACAAUAGCGGACUACAUGUGAACGGAAUCAUCGGAGAGGAGCUGCGAAUCAAACCCAUGCCCACAAUGGAGCGAUCCGCAGAAGGAUACAUACCGCAUCUAUUGUACCGUGGCGAUCCGGCUCAUAGCUACGAGCCAUUGCGAGAUUACAUUCCAGUUCCUCUCAACCAGCGUGAUGCGUUGCCGUUCCUCGAAAACGUAGUAGAAGAACGCACCGAUCUCACACUUGAUCCGGAGGUUCACGUCGUCUUCGACUCUGUGUUUCUGAGAGGGUACAACUACAAUACGACAGACAUUCUCGUUUACUUUGGAGCUGCACUCAAUUCUAUUAAUCUGCGAUAUGAAACACUCAAGUCAAUAAAAGUAAGAAUCCGUGUCGUUGGCUUCACCUUUAAUUCCCACGCUAGCCAUGAGCCAUACAUCGUGCAUUUCCCGGCAGCGAACGAGGCGACAUGGGGACAACACUGAGCAGCUUUGGGAAUCAUUACAGAACCAAGCAGGCUCAGUUGUUCAAGCAAGUCGAUAUGAUCGCAUUGAUCACAGGGAGAGACUUGUGUACCGAAAAGAACAAGAGGAUAUCAUGCAGCACAUCUGGUAUGGCCUACGCUGGCGGGGCAUGCGGGUUCCUCAAGUUAUCUAUAGGUGAAGACAGACCGUGGUCUUUUAACGUCGUUCGCACAAUGGCGCACGAAUUCGCCCACAACUUAGGCUGUGUCCAUGACGGAGAACCACCAAUGCAAGGUUUCGUUGGUCAUCCCGGGGCGAUUGCCUGCCCCUGGUCCUGGGGUUACAUCAUGAGUUAUGUUCAAGAAGACACAAGAGAAUACUACUUCUCCUCGUGCUGCGCUGCUCAGAUUCGAUACUUC